AUGAAGGGUCACCUGCUGUUCCUGGUACUGCUGGUGGCGGUUGUGUGCACUGCCGACGCCGAGAGACACCGUCGGCGGCACCGUCGCCUGCGCACCACCACCACGGAGUCCCCGCGUCGGCCGCAACCCCCACGAGAGGACGCUGAGGCCGAACAUCUGGAGCUGGGCAUGGCUGAGCGCCUGGACGAACGUCGUUUCCAGGAAGCAGAAAAGGCGCGCGUUAAUGAAAUACUCAACGAAAACUCAAAUGAAGGAAACUCCGACAACGAUAUGUUUAUUGAUGACCCUUGCCUAAAAGUACACUGUAGUGCGGGACGCGUGUGUGAAAUCGACGAACACGGAGACGCAGUCUGCAACUGCAUCAAGGAGUGUCCAUACGAGACCGACUCGCGCCGCAAAGUGUGCACGCACCACAACGAGACGUGGUCGUCGGACUGCGAGGUGUACCGGCAGCGCUGCCUGUGCCUGGACAACUCGGAGCUGUGCCGCGGCCCGCAGUACCACCACGUGCAGAUCGACUACUACGGCGCGUGUCGCGAGAUGCCCCCGUGCACGGAGAGUGAGAUGUCGGACUUCCCGCGGCGCAUGCGCGACUGGCUGUUCAACAUCAUGCGCGACAUGGCGGAGCGGCGCGAGCUCAGCGACCACUACCUGCGCAUGGAGCGCGAAGCCGAGUCCAACCUCACGCGCCGCUGGACCAACGCCGCCAUCUGGAAGUGGUGCGACCUGGAUGCGCACGACAACGACCGGUUCGUGUCCCGGCACGAGUUGUUCCCAAUUCGAGCGCCGCUGAUGGCCCUGGAGCACUGCAUCGGACCGUUCCUGGACCUCUGCGACGAGGACAACGAUCAUCGCAUCACGCUCGCAGAGUGGGGCAAAUGCUUGCAGCUAGAUGAGUACGAGUUGGAAGAUCGCUGCGACGAGCUUACCGAUGUAGCAUCAUAA